ACGGCUGAAGAGCGACCUAACUACGACUACAAAAGGCAUCAUCAGUAGUGUAGCAGUUACUAGUACACACACGAUCUGCGACUGUGAGAGAUGGCUCGUACUAAGUGUUGGGCUCGUAGGUCCACCGGAGGAAAGACACCAAGGAAGCAACUAGUUCGAACGAUCUUUGCUGCUGCUCGCAAGACAGCGCCAGUAACGGGAGGAGUGAAGAAGCCUCGUCGUUACCGCCCUGGAACCGUAGCUCUUCGUGAAAUUCGCAAGUAUCAGAAGGGCGCCGAGCUGCUCAUCAGGAAGAUGCCCUUCCAGAGGCUCGUCAGGGAGAUCGCCCAGCUUCACAAGAGUGACCUGCGUUUCCAGAGCCAUGCGAUCCUUGCUCUGCAGGAGGCGGCAGAGGCGUACCUCGUGGGUCUCUUCGAGGACACCAACCUGUGUGCCAUCCAUGCCAAGCGAGUGACCAUCAUGCCCAAAGAUGUUCAUCUGGCUACCAGGAUCCGUGGCGAGAGGCACUAAUCGUAUUGCGUGGCGUCGUCGUCAAUGGAGCUACCGACAACCUGCUGCUUAGUUUUUGUCGAGAAGAAGCACUACCUUAAGUUUGUGUCAAACAUUCUAUAAAUAUGUCGAAUAACUAGCCAGUUGGUAGCCUCCGAUCCGCUAGGUUUUCUUUUGCCGGUGUAAGACAUUAUUAAGUUUUACGUAACUGAAGUUAUAUCAGUCACGUUUUUCUGUUUGUUU